UAAAUAACUCGAAGCACGAUACCAAAUCUGGCAGUUCAAUUCAGUUCGGGUCUUUCCAACAGACGUUGCGCGCUUGAGGUCUGAGAAUGAUAAAAUAUCUAUUACCGUUGUUAUUUUGUGGUCUGGUAGCGGCCGGUAGCAGCAGCUUUUGCCCAUCAGAGGGAAUCCGGAGAUUCUCCUUGCCAAGAUUGAAUACCCGGUACGUACAGUGCACCGAAGGGGUGCCCACUUUGAACGAAUGUGAACCCGGAACCGUGUUCGAUGCGAGCUUGGAAUUGUGCCUACCGCUUAUUUUGGUGGCAGGUGAUAGCGGCGCUCGAGUUGUGGAAUGUCCGGACCAGUCCGAUUCGGACGAAGUGAUCUACAUUCGGCAUCCGAAACGUUGCGAUGUGUACUUUAUGUGCACGAAGGGGGUACCGUACGAACAGCAGUGCCCCGAAGGAACCUACUUCAACCCGAACGUGAAUGUUUGCGACAAAGUGGAGAAUGUCGAAUGUGUGAUACAUUCUUGAAGCAGAAUUUAGUUUAAGAACUUUACUGUAUUGCAAAAAUAAUAAGUGAAAACUGUGGCAAUUAAUGUCACGCAAAAUCUUGUGAAUUGUUGUUUAGAUAUGAACUUUUCAGGAAUAAUCAUAAUUAGAAAAAGCAGCAAAAACCAAUGCAUUUUGGGUCAAUUAAAAUUGUGUUACUGAA